AUGAAACCUCUUGACAAAUCCUCGUCAUCUCGCCGCAAGUCAACACCUCCUAAGAGAGUGCCACCACCUCCACCAUCCCCACCAGCGACAACAAGCAAGAAGCAACAAGUCAAACCCCGUAAACCUGUGCGUCGUUAUCGGCCAGGAACACGAGCACUCAUGGAGAUAAGAAAAUAUCAAAAGUCAACAGAUCUGUUACUAAAAACAGCCCCCUUCGCCAGACUGGUGAGAGAAGUCUGCAUGGAGUUUACUUGUGGUGUGCCAUACAUGUGGCAAAGAAUGGCAAUCAUGGCAUUACAAGAGGCAGCUGAAGCCUUUCUGGUGCGACUCUUUGAAGAUUCCUCCCUCUGCUGUCUGCACGCCAAAAGGGUCACCCUCUUUGUUCAGGACAUGCAGCUCGCUCGGCGGAUUCGAGGGCCGCAGCAAGGACUGUGAUAAUGCCACCUCUUGCCUCAAGGCCUUCA